AUGUCCUCGACAAUUGCCAAGGGUGCCGUCGCCCAAGCUCAAGCGACGUCCUCUACAACUGCGACCGCCGCAUCGCCAGCUACAGCUGCUUUGCAACCAGUCCAGACCAAGCAGACCCCCCUCGCGCAGGGCGCCCGACAUGCCUUCCCCGCCGCCCUAGCUGGCCUCUUCAUGGCGCGGUUUUCCGCCCUCGUCGCCGAUCCCGUCUCGACGAUGGCCACCACGCUCCCCUUGACCGCCGCCCUCCAGGUCGGCUACGCAGUGCUGUGCCUGCCCGCGGCCGGCUCGCAGGGCGCAAAGGCCGCGCGGAAGCCGAAGCAGCGGCCCGGGGAGAAUCCGAAGAAGCGGGCGGGCGUUGACGGGACAGGGCCGAACGCGAUUGCUACAGCCAUCCUCGCGCUCCUCCUCUCGCUGCUGGUCACGCCGUUCCUGCACGCGGCGCUUGUCCUCUUCGGCGCGCCGUUCCUCACGCACGGCGCGCACACGCUGCUCUGCGCCGCCCACCUCGCCGUGCUCGCCCUCCUGCCGCUGUUCUACGUGCACGGCGUCGACGCGCCCGCCUGGGCCGCCGUCGGCGGCUUCGCCGCGCCGCUGGACGAGACCUCCGGCGGGCUCGCCGGCGCCGUGGCGGGCGCCUGGCUCGGCGCCGUGCCGAUCCCGCUCGACUGGGACCGCGAGUGGCAGAAGUGGCCCGUAACCAUACUGUGCGGCUUGUAUGGCGGCUAUGUGCUCGGCCGGGUGCUGGGGGGCACACUGGUUUGGGGGAAGAGGUUCUAAGCGGAGGGGGAAUACUACACGCCCAGUAGGGGGAGCAAAACGUUCGAGAUACCCAUAGAGUUUGUGUCGGGACGAGGGUGGCUUCAAGCAUUAGAGUAGAUUCCAGAUAAUUAUUGACUUCUCUACCCAG